UCCUCCCGUCGCCCCGCCCCCUCCCGGCCGGUCUGCGCGCAGCGACCCUGCCUCGCCCGCCCCCUUCCCUCACAUACUGCAGAGGCGCUUCCUGCCCGGCCGAGACCAUCUGCCGGCGGCGGGGGGUUGAUACUCUCUUCCUUCUGCCCGCGCGGCCCGGCCGCUCCCUCCCCCGUGCAGUAAUUCCCCGCCCCAACCCCCCCGCCUCGCCGGGGCCUGGUCCCAGCGCCCGUUUGGUGCCGCGCGCCCAGGCCCCCGGGCCAGGAGAGCGCUGCUCCCUCCUGUAGCCGGCCUCCCCAGCAGCCGCCGAGCGGAGCAGGCGGCCGGGCCGGGCGGCGGCGCGCGGGGAGAUGGCGUCCUGCGUGGGGAGCCGGACCCUGAGCAAGGACGAUGUGAACUACCGGCUGCACUUCCGCAUGAUCAACGAGCAGCAGGUGGAGGACAUCACCCUGGAGUUCUUCUACCGGCCCCACACCAUCACCCUGCUGAGCUUCACCAUCCUCAGCCUCAUGGCCUUCGCCUUCACCCGGAAUGAUUCUAUCCCAGAAGAUAAUAUUUGGAAGGGUAUCCUCUCUGUGGUUUUCUUCUUUCUAAUCGUUAGUGUUCUAGCUUUUCCAAAUGGGCCUUUUACUCGCCCACAUCCAGCGAUAUGGCGGAUGGUUUUUGGUCUCAGCGUUCUCUAUUUCCUGUUUCUGGUGUUUGUGCUCUUCCUUAACUUGGAGCAGGUCAAAGCAGUGAUGUAUUGGCUAGAUCCUAAUCUUCGUUAUGCCACCAGGGAAGCAGACAUCAUGGAAUAUGCUGUGAACUGCCAUGUAAUCACCUGGGAGAGAAUCCUCAGCCAUUUUGACAUAUUUGCUUUUGGGCAUUUCUGGGGCUGGGCAAUGAAGGCCUUGUUGAUCCGCAGCUAUGGGCUAUGUUGGACUAUUAGCAUCACCUGGGAGCUCACUGAGCUGUUCUUCAUGCAUCUUCUGCCUAAUUUUGCUGAAUGCUGGUGGGAUCAAGUCAUUUUGGACAUCCUGCUAUGUAACGGGGGUGGCAUCUGGUUGGGCAUGAUAGUUUGUCGUUUCUUGGAGAUGAGGACCUAUCACUGGGCAAGUUUCAAGGACAUUCAUACCACCACAGGGAAAAUCAAAAGAGCUGUAUUACAGUUCACUCCAGCUAGCUGGACCUAUGUUCGCUGGUUUGACCCCAAGUCUUCAUUUCAAAGAGUGGCUGGAAUAUACCUUUUCAUGAUCAUCUGGCAGCUGACUGAGUUGAACACAUUCUUUUUGAAACAUAUCUUUGUGUUCCAAGCAAGUCACCCUUUAAGCUGGGGUAGAAUUCUCUUCAUUGGAAUUAUCACAGCACCCACUGUAAGGCAAUAUUACGCCUACCUCACAGACACACAGUGCAAAAGGGUAGGAACUCAGUGCUGGGUGUUUGGAGUCAUUGGUUUCCUUGAAGCUUUUGUGUGCAUAAAGUUUGGUCAAGAGCUCUUCUCCAAAACACAAAUAUUGUAUGUUGUGUUUUGGCUUCUUUGUGUGGCUGUUACGACUUUCCUGUGUUUAUAUGGAAUGGUUUGGUAUGCGGAGUACUAUGGCCACCGAGAAAAGACCUUGUCGGAAAGCGAGGACAGUCCAUACAGCCCAGAUGCCUCAUGGCUUCAUUCUAAAUUCACUAAAGGUACUGAAGAUAGUCCACCAAAACAUUCAGGCAACAUCGAGAGCCAUUCAUCUAGAAGAAGGAAUCGUCAUUCCAAAACAAAAGUAACCAAUGGAAUUGGCAAGAAAUAAGAUCAGUCUCUAAAGAUGUUCCAGAGUGUGCCUAGACAUGAGAAGGAAAACUGGACCUGGUUCUGAAUUCCCUAUUAGAAGGUUAAUAAGAAAACAAGAUGGGGGGGAAAUGUUUGCAGCAACCGAAGGGUCCUAGUACCUUUUAAGAUGUAGCCAUCAGUGUAUUGCAGAUCAUUGCCUGUUGCCACGUGCCAUUCACUGACUUAAAUCUAAUUUCUUCAGCACUUGGCAUUCAGAAACAAGUAGUAGUAUGUUGAAAGGAAGAAUAGUUUGCUCUUGGCAGGUAUGUAAAGGUGUAUGUUCAGGUAUCCCGAUUUGCAUUUUUAAUAUCUUUGUUAGUUGAGAACGUUAACCCAAAGGCUAAUGGAUGAUAACCAGAUGUUUGGGAGGGGGAACGCCAGGGGAUUGAUUGGUUGUUUUUGUGUCUUUGUUUUGAUUAGUUCCUUUGUUUUGAAACAUACACAAUCUUUGAUUAAAAUCAGACAACUAAACUUUUCCAUA